AUGCGGCUUUUAUCACAAGUUAGCUUGGACAAGACUGAGGAAGAGGUGAAAUACUUCUUUAGCUCAUUUUUGCCUAUGAACACUUUCUCGCAUGGUAACUUGCUAGUGCAAAGGGAGCUGCAAAGCAUGAUGCACUCCUCGAACGCUUUGAGAGAUGCUCUUUGCGCAAUAGCGUCUCUACACAGAUUCCAGCAAAUUCAAUGUUCAGGACCAGGGAUUAAGGAUAUGAACUGGCGCCGGAGUGCAAUGCAGCUUUAUGUUGGAUCGGUUCGCUGUGUUCAAGCCCAGAUUACCCAGAACAAAUUUGCAGACGAUCCUUCCACUCUCUGGACGACGUUUCUUCUUGGCCUUUUUGAGUUGAUGUGCGAUGCCAGCGGAACCAAUUGGCUCUCGCACUUCCUGCACGGAACUUGCACGAUUCUACGUCUUCAACAUCCUUCCUGCCUUGCUCUUGCAGACGAAGAAAGUACGCGAAAGCGUACCUUCUUCCUCUCUGCCCGCAUAUUCGAGAUAUCGAGGGCCUUGAUCUACUCUGAGCCUACCUUCUUAAGUGAGCCAGCAUGGACUAGCGCACUAGCAGAUCUUUGGAGCGGCGAAGGAGCCGCUUUUUGGCACCCCAAGGAAGCACUCUUCGAUAUGCUGCCUAGCUUUUCCGAAUUGAGUAUACGCGCAAUCCAGUAUUGCGCAUCAGAAGCAGAGCAUCUAUCGGAAAAAGUGCAGACUGAACAAGCGCAGUACCUGGCCGCUGAAGGCUUGCUACUUCAACAAUCUUUGCAUGAAUGGUGGGAUGGCAGCAACGUAUGGCAGUCUGCAUCAGGUGCAUUGGACCCAGAGCUUCUUGUCGCCCAUGUGUACUAUCAUGCCGUUAGCAUCUACCUCUCAGGUACUUAUGACUAUCAUGUGCACUGGACCAAGCCUACGGCGCCACGUGCGCCGAUUUUACCCCGUACUCAGAUCGAGUGGCACACACACGAAAUCCUUCGGUUGAGUCGUGAGUUAUUGGUCACUGGAAUUGCAGGGGUGCUGCUGUUCUUCCCUUUGAGGGUCGCAGGAGCGCGUGUUCGGACUACCCAUGAUAUGAAGGAAAUCUUGACCUUGUUCCAUAUUGUGUUGCAACGUGGGUAUGCCGUUGCUGACGCGUUGACGGCGGAUUUAUUGGAGUUGUGGGGAUGUAGAAUUGUACCGUAG